CAGUACAUCAAAAUGCCUGUACUGCAGAAGAGGUCAAUCAGACCGAAAACUCCACAGGUUUUGCUGCACAGGAAAGAGAAAAAUAAGAAGGAAAAAAGCUGCUGUGAAUCGUUAGCAGUAAAAUAUUUCCUGCCUCAAAAACUGUUCUGAAAAAGCAGGAAAUCAUCUCCUAGCAUUCUGCUGCCUUUUCGUUCUUCGUAUAGCAAUACCUCAUAGCCACAGCAGCAGGCACCAUGCAGAAGAGGGCAUGAUUUCCGCCCCGAGAGGGCCGCACCGAAGGACGCUUUAACUGCCACGUCUUCUUACACUUGCUGUGAGACUCGGGUCUUGAACAGUUCCUGAAGUGUAUUUAGUGCUUAAACUGCUGCAGCUCAAGGGGGAAAGAGAGCUGCGGGGAGAGUGCAACCAGGGUUUGACGGCAUUAUUGCCAGGCACACGGAAGCUUUCUAUGCCACAGGCAGAGUUCACCUCCGUUACCACAGCUUUCACUGGAGCCCACCUGCCCGCAGCAUUCAUGGAACACCAGGCUUAGUGCACUCUGAGCGGCAGUGCGGAGCCUCAGUAGAGCUGUGAGGGCACACCGCAGUUAUCCGAGCACUGCACAGCCCACUGCACCUCAGGUGUGUGAACACGGAAUGGAACCACCGGAAUAGACACAACGACUCCUAGGGAAACCGUACGAGCUCCAUACCGAGCUUCGGUUUCGGGCAAAGCCCGGCACCGGUGACGUUCCCCGCCCAGCUGCAUCCAUAGCCCUCUCCCGCAGUGCCGGCGGCGGCGAGGGCAGCGAACGCGGCGGUAGCAGCGGGCAGCGCUGUGCUCCCGCUCCCCUGGGCCGCGGGCGGCCAUGGCGGCCCCAGCCCCCCGUGAGAGCAGCGCCCGCUCCCGCCGCGCAGCGCCCCGGCGAACGUUGGGGUCCUGCGGCGAGCCUCUGCUGCGGGGCUGUUCGGACUGCCUGCUGGGCCGUUGACUCUGCAGCUGCCCUUUGGGACGCGGCCGGGGCAGUGGAAGCGUUUCUCUAAGGCUGCAGCUGAGUGUCAGCCGUUGGUUUUCGGCGCUCCGCCCCAGUUUCCCUCACGCGGCACGUCGCUUUUUUAUCAGGCAGUGCUCGGGACAGCAAAAGACGGCGGCUGAGAGCGGGGGAAGGGGACAGUAUGGCGGUGGCGGCGGUCGGCCGGGCCUGCGCUUAUGGCGCCUUCCGAGCGGCGUGGCGAGGGUUUGCUUCUGUGCCGGUGAAAGGGAAUCACUGUUCAUAUUCUAGCCUGGCAUGGGCUUUCCAGACACGAUGUUCCAUCUCUGCCCCCUGGACUGUGACAGUAGAGCAACACAGACAAAGCAGUUUCUUCAAUACAUUGACAGCUGAUGAGCUGUGGAAAGGAGCUUUGGCGGAGACUGGUGUGGGAGUAAAGAAAGGAAGAGGAAAGAGAAGGAAGAAAAAGCUAAGGAAGAAUCUGAAUAAAGGCCAGGCGAUUGGUGAAGGACGUUCUGGAUUCCUCUGGCCCGGUCUUAAUGUUCCUGUGAUACAAAGUGGGAAAGUCCAGGCAAUUACACAACGAAAAAAAGAAGAACGAGAGAGAAUUCAGUCUGAACUUAUUCAGCAGAGGGAUACAUAUGAGAAGAGAAAAAAGAUAAAAAUUAAGAGGCAGGGAGGCUGGAGUGGGAAGUGUUGGGGAGGUGUCAUCCUGGAUCCUCCUGACCCAGGUCCUAAUGGAGAAACUUUUGAAGAUUUUGAAACAAGAGUCAUUGAGGUGAAAAAUGUGUUUUCUAUGAAUGCAAAGGAAGGCAGAAAAAAGUCAAUACGUGCCUUGGUGGCUAUUGGAAAUGGUAAAGGAGCUGCAGGUUUUGCAAUGGGGAAAGCAGGUGACAGGAUGAAUGCUUUACGGAAAGCAAAGAAUAAAGCAAUACGCUGCUUACAUUUUAUAGAGCGGUAUCAGAACCACACUAUUUACCAUGACAUUACAGUGAAAUUUAAAAGAACAACCAUCCGCAUGAAGAAGCAAAACAAAGGGUAUGGUCUUCACUGCCACCGAGCUAUCAUCACCAUCUGCAAACUAAUUGGUAUUAAAGACAUGUACGCCAAGGUUUCUGGAUCCAAAAACUUGAUUAACGUUACCAGAGCUCUGUUUAAAGGCUUGACAGAACAGGAGACUCACCAGCAGUUAGCGAACCAGAAGAGUCUCUGUGUAGUAGAGUUCCGGGAGGAGCAGGGCCCUCUGCCCAUCGUUGUGGCACUGCCUGAGGGGACUGUCCGGGAGGAUCCCGAGCCUGAAGAUGAGGUUCCAGACAUAAAGCUGGAGUGGAGUGAUGUGAAAGCAGCUCAGGGAAUGAAGAAAUCUCCGUGGGUGAAUGUCAGACGGACAAUAUGGUAAAAGCUUCAGUCCCUCUGUCUCUUCUGCUCAGAGAUGCAACAGGGAAAGCCAGCCCAGAUGGACAAGUUGUCUGGGCUUACAUUUCAGAGGAGGGCAUCAUAAUCAUACCAUUCAAAUUGCUGCUGCCAUUGCUACCAUUCUGUUUGCUUUCCCACAAUUCUUCUGACCACUGUUCUACUAGGGACGUUCAGAUGGAAACACUCAGUGAACAUGACUUUGUCUUCAAGCAUGCAUUUACUUGAUUCCUGAAGAUGAUGAGUAAUCAACAGAUCACGUGUCUUUCACAAGCUUUUGGGAAACUACUGGAAAGAUAAGCUUGUGAAAGCAAUAAAGAAUCCUCAGAAUGAGC